AUGAGUAAUAGUAAUAAUAAUAAUCAAACAAGAGAAAAACUAAAUCAUUCAAGAGGAUUAGGAUUAUUAGAAAGAUAUCAAGUAUCAAAACAACUAGCCAAUGUUUAUGGUACACUCCUCCUAUCUGCUCAUAUACAAUUAGAUUAUCCUCUUCCUUUUAAUAAUAAUAAUAAUAACAAUAACAAUGAUAAUGACAAUGUAGAUAGAUAUCUAUACAACAAGUUGUCAAGAGCUAUUCAACUAUUAUGUAAUGAACAACCAUUGUUAUCGGUUACGAUUGCAGAUAUUGAAACAACCACACCACGUUUCAAUCCCAUUGAUUCGAUAGAUUACAAUGACUUGGUUACUGUUGAUCAUGGUAUUGCAUUCUUUGACGACACCGUAUUGACCAGUGUAUUAGAAAAGGAGAUUGGAACAGACUUUGAUUUGACUAGCAAGACUGUUCCACUCUGGAGAUUACACAUCCUCACACAUCAAGACCGAUCAACUGAGCUGUUUGUCAUUCUCACCGUUCACCAUGUCAUUAGUGAUGGAUUAAGUACUACUAUCAUUCUAUCUCGUUUAUUAGAGUUGUUAAAUCAACCAGAAACAAAAACAGAAACAGAAUCAAAUGACAAUGAUGAAAAUGGACAAGAUGGAGCAACCAACAACAACAACAACAUAAUCAUUGAUAAUAGUACAAAAUUGAAUGAAUCAUUGGAUAAACGUACACCACAUCAUCCAACUGCAAUGGAUCUACUACCAAUCAUUAUUAAACAUAAAUUGCUACCAUCGUUUAUCACUCGAUAUUUUGAAGUACCUUUUUGGGCUGGUCAAACACCCGCUGUUAAACAAACGCACAAUACAUUGGUUCGUGUCUUUGAAAUACCAGCUGACAAGUUUACCAAACUAUUAAACAAAUGUAAGUUGGAAAAGACAACUCCACACGCUGCCAUCUACAUCUCUACCAUCUUGGCCAACCUCAUUGCACUGUCACAAGACACCAUGUCACUACGUACAUGUACACCGAUCAACGCUAGAUCACUCUGUGUCCCCGAAGCACCACAAUCAGAGGUUGGUAACUUUGUAGGAUCAUUUGACAGAUCCAAAUCAUACUCUGCAACCAUCCUAAGGGAAUCCAACCAAUUUUGGGAAGCUUGUAGAGAAUACAAAACUGAUCUGGCAGCAAGCAGCAUAGGUGCAAUUAAAAGUACAAACAUGUUACAUUAUGUUGGUGACUUUCCAUCUAAAUGGAUAGAAUUUUGGACAUCUAAAUUGACAUCAACUCCAAUGGGUAGAUCAUGUAGUUUUGAAGUAAGUGAUGUUGGUCGAUGGGGACAACAACAACAACAACAACAAACGAGUCAACCACAACAAUGGAAAUUAAUUUCAUCAACCUAUGCACAAAGUGCAAAUGUAUACGGAUCAACAUUCAACAUUAAUUUGGUAUCUGUUUGUGGAUCAAGUAGAGCAACUUGUACUUGGCAAAAAGGAUCAGUUGAUGAAAAUACAAUUCAAACAAUCAUUGAUAAUAUUUUACAAAGUUUAGAUAAUUGUAUUCAUUCAAAUUAA